GGUGUCAGAGCGAGGAAUCAUGCCCCAUCAUUGGUGUCAUGGGGGAGGGAAUAGUGUUCCAUCAUUGGUGUCAAUGGGGGGGUGGAAUAGUGCCCCAUCAUUGGUGUCAGUGGGGGGGAGGAAUAGUGCCCCAUUGUUGGUGUCAGUGGGGGGGGGGAGGAGGAAUAGUGCCCCAUCGUUGGUUUCAGUGGGGGGAGGAAUAGUGCCCCAUCGUUGGUGUCAGUGGGAGGAAUAAUUCCCCAUCAUUAGUAUCAGUG